AUUAUUAACUUUGUAACCAUUUUGUACUAAUUGCCUACAUUCAUUCUAGAAAACUGGACCCUCUGCAGUCUUGACUUUGGUGUAACGGUGAUGACUAAGUACCACUAAUAUGAAAUGUGGUAGCUAACACCUGCUGAGAUCCUGCCUACUGUGUACACCACUGCUGCUAACGUCUUUCGGAAAGCAACAUCGACAACCGGCCAUGGACUCAGCUUUAAGAAAACAGCUGAAAGAUAUAGCGUGGUGUAAAGAAGUAUGGAAAGAGCCAGUCUGUACCGGCGCCGCGCGCGACUUAGUGCGACAGUGCGCGUCGCUUCCCACGUCCGAACCUGAACCUGAAGCUGAUCUGCUGCAAGUCAUUGAUAGCAGCCGCCGCUUCCCCAUACCCUUCCCUAUUGACACCGUCAGGCUAGAGAAGCUAAAACUGAAACAUCCUGCGGAGCGACUUAUCCGCAACAUAUCGUCCACAUACCCCAUUAUACACGAACGGGUGGUGUUGCUAAUAGCUAAUUUUCUGGUUUAUAAAAGAAAAUAUGGAAGCAAAAUCGAGAAAGAAUUGUACAAAAACAUGACAAUCGCAGAGUUUAUUGAUAGGAUACUGAAGAAACGAGCCAUCACGUUCAUCAAGGCCCAAGACCAGUACAAGCUGCUGAGCGGACACAAAGGGGUCGACGGAUGGGAAUCAGUGGGGACUGACGAGGAGAAGCCUCCGUUACUCUUGAGAGACUGCCUGAGCUACGACGAGAUGAAGAUCGCAGCGCUGGUGUCUGUGAGCGGACGCACAGUGUGUAUUAAUGACGGCACCCGCAAGAAUGCUGGGGUCGUCCGCGAAGAUAACGUUGAGAGCGAGGCCAUUAUUAUUGGAGUCAUUGGUCCCCGAUUUAAGCGAACGAACCGUAUGGAGUACGAGGACAUGCUUGUAACUGAAGACCAAAACGUUCCCGAAAAUGGCUACGGGACUGACGCUCCCGAUGUUGCCAAAAGAGCUUGGAGGCAGCUAUGGGAAGACUUUUAUCAGAUCCCAAGCACAACCCACAGCGCAUUAACCGCUCGCGUGAAGCUAGUGCCGUGUUCUGGCAAGCGAGUGUUCGGCGAGCGCUGGGCGCGCGUCAAGACGUUCGCGUUCGACAACCUCGCCUACUGUCGCCGUACUCGCCUGCUCGCAGACCUCGUGUUGGCGGAAGCGAAUGCUCGGGCUAAGGAAGAAGGGAAAAGCGCUUUCCUCAAUGUCAUUGGAGCAGGUCUUGGCCUGUGGAAGGUGUCGGGACACCAAUUAGACGUGUACAUCCUGACGUUCCUGGAGAGAAUCGUGGCGCUCCUGGAUGAAGGGCAGCUGGAUAACGUGGCCGACGUCAACUUUGCCUACAUCAAGCCAGGAAAAGAAGUUGUGGCAUUCUUUAAAAGUUGUAAAGAGAAUCCAGAUUGCAAGAAAUUAUUCAUAAAGAACGAAUCACACCCUAGAGGCGGGCUAAACGUGCAGCUGGAGAAUCGUGAGCCAUCUACACGGCUGAGCGGCGCGCACGAAGGCAAGCUACUUGUGCUUACUUAUGCCUGGGACUCCAAUGCACACCCCGGGAACGAGUUCUGGAUAGGCAAGCUGUCUUCAUCGGGCGACUCGGCAGCGGCGUGCGCCACACAGAUCACGGAGUUACACAACGCGCACAUAAAUCUAACAGUGUGCGGCGCGCGCGCCCGGGUCGUCGCGGUUAACGUGCGGACGCUGCAGCAGUAUGCCGCUACGCUGCAGACUUAGAU